UAUUCAAAUAAACUCAAAACAAGCAAAAUUUGUAUUACUAAAUAUAUUUAUUUCUUUUGGGGGUUUGGUGUAUUUGAGUUUGUUUUUAUUAUGUACAGGUACAACCAGUUGUUGAUGUGGUGAAUAUUCUAACUAUUCAUGUUGUUUGACAACAUUAUCUAACUUUUUUCAUAAACAUUUAAAAUGGGCCAUUUAUGUUAAAAGAAUAUAAAUUUUAUUUUUUACAGACUCCAAAUAAUGAAUUUUUAAAGUUGAAAAUCUGGUUAAAACAUAGUUCUGAUUCAAAAGGAUUUGGUUUUUCAUUAAGAGGCGGUAAAGAUCAAGGAACACCUGUAUUUGUAGAUUCAGUCACUCCAGGAGGUGCUAGUGAAGUUGCUGGAUUAAAAGUUGGAGAUGAGAUUAGAGAAAUAAAUGGAGAAAGCUGUUAUGGUCGUUGUCAUUCUGCUCUGGUAUUUGCAGUUAAGCAAGCAGUGUACACUGGUCUUUUAGAUUUGGUAAUAAAGAGAGCUAGUGACUCAGGUAUAUACCACAAGUAAUAUAUUCAUAUAUUCUAUAAUAUAAUAGAAUAAUUGGAAUAAAAUUUUAAGAGACAUUUUAAAAAUUAUAAA